GCAUUCGGCUACAUAUUUUUGGAUACGUUCAAUCAAAUUUCAGUUGGCACAAAUUCAAGUCUGGCAAGAGAAAAAAAUAUAAAUUUUAGCGUGAAUAAUUUGAAUUGAGAGAGGGAAAAUGGUACACAAGAAAAUCCUAUUCGUGUGCAUGGGCAACAUCUGCAGCUCACCCAUGGCGGAGGCCAUUAUGCAGAGCCUCAUGGUGAAGACGAGCAUCUACUGGGAGGUGGACAGUGCAGGGCUGCGCUCCUGGAACAUUGGCCGCCGUCCCCACAAGCACUGCCUGAGAACCCUGCGAGAUCAUGGACUGCGAUCUGAUCACUUUUGUCGUCAGUUCACUGUCCAGGACUUUCGUUACUUCGACUACAUUGUGGCCAUGGACGAGUCGGUGUACAAGGAGCUGCUGCUGUGGUCCAACCUCUAUCGCUCGUCCACGCAGUGUCUGGUGGUGCUAAUGAGUUCGUUCGGCGAGAACGGCAAGCCCACGACCAUCACAGAACUCUCACCGACCUACAAGCUGAAGAGCUUUCGGAAUGCCUAUUACCAGAUCAAGGAUUGCUGCAAGUAUUUCAUACUUGGCCAAAAGAUUUCCAUCGUGCAGUACGCGCUGCCCAGCUCGGAGGAUGACUACAUCUACCCGGAGCAUCAGGCUGAGCCCGUGAAGUCCGUGGAGACGUACAGCAGCGAGAAGAAGUCGCUGCAGCAGAUGUCUCAGCAGGGUCCGUCGCAGAAACAGUUGCACUCGAUGGCGGAUACCCUGGACCUGGCCACGAACGCCUUCCUCACGGGCGUCUGCACAAAGAUCUUGUCCUCGCCCAAGCCCAUGUCGAAGUACCACAAAACCUCAUCCAACUGCCGCCAAAGGAAACUGUGCCUCGUGUGUGGCAAGAAAUUUUUAGACUCGCUCUGAAAACAUAAUUGAAACAUUGAUUGAGCCCCACCGUGGCAGGUGUAGACCUUGAGAAUAAAAAUGUCUCUUAUCUGGCAGUUGGCAUUAAGCA